AUGGAGAAGCUCAGUAUCAUCAGCCACACUGCUGUAAGGAAUCAUUGGCCAGAAAGGAACACUGAAUCCCACUUAGAAAGCAUCACCUUUGAUCAGGGUCAAGUAAACAUUUCAGUAGUGGUCUCCAAAGACUCUAUGAUGGUUCAGACCCCCAGAAAGAGUGCUGCUUCUUUGGAUGCUCCAGAAAACUUUACUCUACUGAUUGAAACAGCAAAUGCUGGAGGAAGAUAUGACUCUCCAAGCAGAACAAAUGUUACCGUUCCCCAUGUUGGGGGCUCACCUGAGAUAGCCACAGCUCUGAAUUCCUGGAACAACUCCUCAGCCCUGGAAGAACUUCAUGUGCCGACCAGCAGUCACAGUUCUGAGUCAGAAGAAAGGAUAGCCUCUUCUCAAAUGGAGAAUGGAAAAGCGGGGGGCUCACAGGUUUGGGGAGAGAAGCUUCCAGAAGAAACAACUUUGCACUCCCAAGUAACUGCCACUUCUAUUUUGAGCCAGUCUUCCCUUCCUGCUUUGGACAUGGGAGCACAGACCACGUCCUCCAAGAAGAGAACCUCCUGGGAACCAGAGCUCUCCUCACUGAAUUUCUCCAGGACCCCAGCUUACACACCUGCCUCAGACAGUUCUCCAUCUUCUGGAAGUAUAAAGGAAGUAAAUAACUCCACUACCUUCAACAGUCCCUCGAUCACUCAGACAGACAGUCUGCAUGAGGCUACCACGCUCACUGACGGUGUCCCUGGGAUGCUGCAGUCUUUACCUGUCCACCUGGGACCUGUAAAUGAAACCAAGCACUUUCCUGAGGACUCUGAAACUGCCUCCACUUCAGCUUCAGAACAUUCUUCACCCUCUGUAUGGGACUCAAGAAGGAACAGUCAAGUCACUGGGAAUCUGGGGGAUGGAGACUUCAUUGAACCAUCAACAGAAAAUGGAUUUAGGCUUACAUCUUCGGAGAUCUCAGUGGGAUUUUGGCAAAGUGAUUCCCCAACCUUUGGAGGACAUCAGCUGGCCAGCAACUCUGAUACAAACAAUGGAAGUUCCAUUUCUCAAACAGAGACUGUAUCUCAAUCUUCAGUGCCAUCCAUUGAAGGUGAAGAGAGCACAGAACACUGGUCCUUGAUCAACAGCAAGACAUUUGUCAAUGAAGCAGGAAGCUCAACUUCAUCCCCUAAAGCUGUGAACUCUUCAGCUUUGACCCACCCCUCUGACUCUGCUCCACAGUCUGAAAGAAGCACCUUGAGUGACAGAAAUUAUUCUGAACCAUCCACAGAGUCUUUGUCUACAUCUUCCUCAGAAAACCUUGAUUUCUCAGCAUCACGUGGUGAACGUUCAAUCACUGGGAUUAGUUACGAUCAAGUGAGCAGCACAGAUACUGACCAGAGGACUUCCAGAGACCACACAGACCACACCUAUAUUUCAUCUACUUUCACCAAAGGAGAGCGGGCAUUACUAUCCAUUACAGACAACAGUUCAUCCUCGGAUGUAAGGAAGAGCUCAACCUCUUCUAACGAAGUCUCCAACUCUUCACAUUUAGAAUAUUCUUCCUCUUCUCAUGCUCAGACUGAAAGAAGUAAUGCUUCAUCGUAUGAAGGGGGAUUUGCUCAGCCUUCCACUGAAUCACUAGUUAUGCGUACUCCCAACCCUCCAUCCUACACACCCACCAUUAAUGUGCCAAACACUUUAGUUCUUUUGGACCUGAAUGCUGGAUCUGCUGAUAACUCAUCUUCUCCAUCAGAGCCCCCUUUGCCUCUGCCCUCAGUGUCACAGUCCCAUCAAUUGCUGUCAUCAACCCUACCACCAACUGGCACCUCUGCUCCUCUACUGACGCCUACCUCGAGUCCGUCUUUGUCUUCCUCACCAUCACCUUUACCAAUAUCCUUGGUGGCGUCUACCGCUGCCUCAUCUUCUAGCUCACAAACAAGUUUAUCACAUUCCUCUUCUACUCCAGUCCUGCCCAGGGUAAGGGAGACUUCUGGGAUUUCAGUUAGGGCAUGGGCAGUGACAACAUCCAAGGCAAUGUUCCAUAAUAGUCAAACAGAAGAUCCUAAGAAUCAGAGUGACCCAAACCAGAAAAUCAUUAUAGAGCCAAAGUCACCAAGCCAAGUGUCUUUGCCUACACCGUCUGCUGAAGCUGUAACGAUGAGUUCUCCUUCAGGAGUCCCUUUGCCUCCAGCCUUAACAGAGUCCUCUACUGAGCAAACCCUUCCAGCCAUGAGCACCAGCUUCGCUCAGAUGCCUCCAGCUCUGAGAGCCACUACUCUCGAGACAUCUCAUCCUCCCGUGACCACGGUCAGCCUCCCAUCAAGCACAGUCAUGCUGAUGGGUGGUACCACAACAGUACAGACAACAACCAGGAAACAGGUCUUACCAACCAGUCCUGAGAUCCUAGUGCCACAAAUCUCAACACAGGAUGCUGUCACCACCAAAAGGACCCAAGUUCAUGUAGCUGCUACCACCAGAUUGGUCCCUCUGACCAGUGCACCCACCAGUACAGCCAGAGAAUUGGCCACAAGACUUGGCAUUACAGAAGAACACAGCCCAGCUUCACAUUUCUCCAGAGCAUCUCCGUCUCCCAAAACCACAGAUGUUUCUACUGCUCAAGUAUUGACUCCUAAAUCUACCACAUUCCUUGCUCAGGGCAGCACACAGUCAUCAACAUCACUGUCAUCUCCAACCUCAGUUGAUAGCUGUGCCAUGAACCCUUGUCUUCAUGAUGGGAGCUGCAUCGCUGACGCUACCAGUCGUGGGUAUCGGUGUAUGUGCUCGCCUUCCUGGCGAGGGGAUGACUGCAGUGUGGAUGUGAAUGAAUGCCUUUCCAACCCCUGCCCACCCCUGGCCACCUGCAACAAUACUCAGGGAUCUUUCACCUGUAAAUGCCCAGUUGGGUACCAGUUGGAAAAAGGAAUAUGCAGUUUGGUUAGAACCUUUGUGUCAGAGUUUAAAUUAAAGAAAACUUUUCUCAAUACCACUGUGGAAAGCCAUUCAGCCCUACAUGAAGUUGGAAACGAGAUCACCAAAACGUUAAAUAUGUGUUUUUCAACGUUACCUGGUUAUACCCGAUCCACAGUUCAUGCUUCUAGGGAGUCCAGCAUGGUGGUGAUCUCGCUGCAAACCACUUUUUCUCUGGCUUCCAAUGUGACACUGUUUGACCUGGCGGAUAGAAUAGAGAGAUGUGUCAACUCAUGCAGGUCCUCUGCCGAGGUCUGUCAGCUCCUGAUAUCUCAGAAGCGGAUCUUUAGAGCGGGCAGCUUGUGCAAGCGGAAAAGCCCUGAAUGUGACAAAGAGACUUCCAUCUGCACUGAUUUGGAUGGCAUUGCUCUGUGUCAGUGCAAGUCGGGCUACUUUCAGUUCAACAAGAUGGACCACUCUUGUCGAGCAUGUGAAGAUGGGUAUAGGCUUGAAAAUGAAACCUGUAUGAGUUGUCCAUUUGGCCUUGGUGGGCUCAACUGUGGAAACCCCUAUCAACUCAUCACGGUGGUGAUUGCAGCAGCAGGAGGUGGGCUUUUACUUAUCCUGGGUAUUGCACUGAUUGUUACCUGUUGCAGGAAAAAUAAAAAUGACCUAAGCAAGCUUAUCUUCAAAAGUGGGGAUUUCCAAAUGUCUCCAUAUGCUGAGUACCCCAAGAACCCUCGCUCACAAGAAUGGGGCCGGGAAGCUAUUGAAAUGCAUGAGAAUGGAAGUACCAAAAACCUCCUUCAGAUGACAGAUGUCUAUUACUCACCCACAGGUGUAAGGAAUCCUGAACUUGAACGAAAUGGAGUCUACCCGGCCUAUACUGGAUUGCCGGGGUCGCGGCAUUCUUGCAUUUUCCCUGGACAGUAUAACCCUUCAUUCAUCAGUGAUGAGAGCAGGAGAAGAGAUUACUUUUAA